UCUUUCUAUAUAUAGAUGCAAAUGACAACACAUUCGAUGAGUUUCAUUACAAACAACAUUAAUCAAAGAACAAUGGCCAAAAUUGUUGUCAAGUCUUCAUGGAGUGUCCCAAUGGCAACAAACAACAAUAAUUCAUCAAUAACCAAAUCAAGAAUCGAACUUACCACAUGGGAGUUGGCAUACCUCAUGCUUAACCCUAUCCAAAAGGGUAUUUUCUUACAAAAACCUUAUCCCGACACUUCCUUCGAAGCCCUCGCCGAUCAUCUCAAGAAUUCGCUCUCCCGAACCCUCUCCUUCUUCCCCACCCUCGCCGGCCGCCUCGUAGCUCUAAGACAUGGUGAAAGCCGGGACACAUGUUUUUUUGUCGAUUGCAACAACGAUGGAGCUGAGUUUAUUCAUGCUGUCGCUUCGAAUGUGUCAGUUUCUGACAUCGUUGAUUCGAGAUACAUACCCGAAAUAGUCGCUUCCUUAUUCCCCUACAACGAACUUCUCAACUACGAAGGUGUGUCGAAGCCGUUGCUCGCCGUGCAAGUCACCGAGUUCAUCGACGGCCUCUUCAUCGGUUGCACGGUGAACCACACAAUCGUCGACGGCUCUUCGUUUUGGCAUUUCAUGAACUCAUGGUCGGAGAUCUCUCGAGGCCUACCUAACAUAUCGAAGAAUCCUAAUUUCAAGCGAUGGUUUCCUAGCAAUGUCGCCGAGGAAAAUCCCCUAAUCCCGGUCCCAUUACUCGACCAAGAUGACACAAAAAAUGUCGACGAGGUUCCAUUGCUCGAGAGAUUUUUUCACUUUAGCAAAGAACGCGUACAAAAACUCAAAUCCAUCGCGAAUUUGCAAGCCGGGACGGAUAAAAUCUCUUCUCUACAAGCACUCCUAGCUCACCUAUGGCGAAGUGUUUUGCGCGCUCGACAUAUCAAGAAUAGCGUUGAAAACCAAACGACCGAUCAAGACUCCGUUUUAUUUCUCCUAGUCGGCGCAAGGGAUCGGAUCCCUUUGCCGGAGGGCUAUUUUGGAAACGCGGCGUAUGUCGAUCAAGCGGCGGUGAAUGUCGCCGAGAUCAUCAAGAAUGAUUUAGGGUUUGCGGGGAUGAAGAUUAACGAGUUAGUUUCGAAGCAAACGACGAAAGAAGCCAUUAAGUAUGCGGAAAAUUGGGUUAAGAACCCGGUUUUGUUCACCAAGGGGUGUACGAACUUCGUCAUUAGCAGCUCGCCCCGGUUCGACGUCUAUGGUUGCGAUUUUGGAUGGGGGAAGCCGAUCACCGUGAGGAGCGGGAAAGGGCAAAAAUACGACGGAAAAAUGACGUUUUAUCCGGCGGCCGGACCUCCCGGCGGAAUCGACGUUGAAGUUUGCUUGGGCACGGAGACUAUGAAGGCCAUGGAAGAGGAUGAAGAGUUCUUGGAAGCUCUUAGUAGUCUUUAGUGUUGUCUAAAAGAAUGAAUGUGGUUGGAGAUCGAUGUUAGGAGAUAAGAUAAGUUUGGGAAUAAAAUUGGCUAUGGAAAAUAAUAAGGUUGUGAUGUUGCCAUUGCUAUGCAAUAACAUCUUCAUGUACAUAGGAUAACUCCUAUUUUAUUUAUUUAUUUAGGAUUAAAUUGUACUCCAUUCCAUUUCAUAACAAAUUAUUCAUUUUUUUCAUUUUA